GAUAAAUAUGGCUACCGCCGUGUUGGCAAAUCCAUAAACACCAUUAUUUUAUAAGAUUUUGUCACUUUUAUACGACCAUUACUCAUGUACACCUUUAAAUUUUUACACCAAUGAUAAUGAACUAGCAGAAUAUUAAGAUGUCAUGGAUUGGGGGCAGUCUAUCGUCAAUAACUGGUCAGCUAAGCAACUUGACCAAAGACAUUUUAACAGAAGGCACAGAAGAAACAAGUGAUCAAGGAACAGAACUACUCAUCGCUAAAGAAAAAAUUCAAGAUUGCCAAAAUAUUAUAACAACUUUAAAUUCUGAGAACGAACGACUGAAACAACUCAACCAUGAUUUGGAAGAGAAAGCAGAAUCCUCUGAACUGCAAAUCAACACUAUAUCUCAACAAUAUAGACAACUUCUGGAAGAAAGGCAGGUAGAAAUAAAGAAGUUGAAGGAUGAUCAUCAUGAGUUACUGUUACACCAGAGUACUACUGACUAUGGUCAACAGAAAACAGAGUAUGGAGAAUAUAAUAUGUCUGAUGGGCCACGGGAUGAUUUGGACUUCAGUGAUAGCAUUAAUAUGCAGCAUGAAAUUAACAACCUUAGGAAGGAAAAUCGUAGGUUACAGACCCAGUGUGAUCAGCUGAAGGCUUUGUCAAAGUCAAGUGGUAAUGUUUCAACAGACAAUAAACAUCAAAAGGAAAUAGAAGAUUUACAAAAGAAAUUAAAGGAAGUAAGUCAACAGUUGGAAACAGAAAAUGAAAACCAUCAACAUGAAGUCGCUUCAUUACAAGAUGUCCACCGUCAAAAAGCUUCCAUACUUAGGAAAAAGUUCAAAGAUGAAAUUACACAGUAUAAACAGAAAAUCAAUGAAUUGGAAGAUGUUUCUGGAAAUGGGGACCAACAAUAUCUGGUUGUCAAAGAGUCAGCUGAAUGGAUGCAGUUGGAAGAAAAGCUGAAAUCAUUGGAGCUUGACCACAACAAACUGAAGAGAGAUCAUGAGAUUGUGUGCAAGGAGUUAAAGCAUGCCAAAAACCAACUCCUGGAUCAGCUAGACUCCAACCAUCAGCAAGAAUUAAAAACUGAAAUAAAUGACUUGGAGGGUGAACAAGACCGUGUGUUUUCUGAAGCAGAUUCCAUGGUAACAGAUUUGGGGAAAACACAGCAACAGAAUUCUACAUCAGCAUUUUUGGACAGUAUUGAGAAGGAGAAUCUGUUAUUAAAGAAGAAAAACUUAGAACUCCAAGAACAACUCAUUAUAUUAGAAAAGUCAGUUCAUACUUUGACUGAGGAAAAGAAUAUUGGCAGCAAUAAUGAAACAGAACAGGAACAAAUCCAACAGUUUGAUGCUAUCAAGGCUGACCUUGAGUCAGAGAAAGAGGCCCUAGAAGGGGUGUUGAUGGAAUUAAGGAGCCAGUUAAAAGAGAGAGCAGCUGAUGUGGAAGAAGUUGAAGCUAAAUGGAUGAAGCAGGAAUCUGAUUAUCAGGUUCUUAAGCAACAGAAGGAUAAGAUGGAAGAAUCCUUUAAUGAGACCAAGAUGGAAUUAUCAAAUACCGAGUUUAUCAUAUCUUCACUGGAAAUGGAAAAGGAAAAUCUAGAAAAAACACUAAAUGAAUCUAACCUUGAAGGAGGUGAUGAUUCACAGAAACUGAAGGAUGAACUGUUAAACAAAUCUCAACUUAUAGAGGAACUAGCUUCAGAAAAAUCUGAUCUGGAAACCAGUUUAGAGGAACUGGAUGCCCAGCACCAGGAAGCAAUGAAUCAGGUUAUCAGUCUACGUAAUGACUUGUCUGGAAAAGUUGAAAACUUGCAGACAAAAGUAAAGGAACUAUCAGAUCUCAGGGAUCAACUGAUUGAAGAGAAUAAAUGUCAAAAAAAAGAAUUAUAUGACCUUACUGGGGUAAAAGAUCAACUGUCUGGGCAAGUUCAUAGUCAGACUGAGGAGGUAGAAGACUUAAAUAAUAUCAAGGGUCAACUGGAGGAACAAAUUCUCAAUCAGCAAGCCCAAAUACUUGAACUGAAGGAAACAAUGGAAAAACUGAUGGCACAAAUAGAUGAUAAGGAAAAAGAAAAGAAUGAUGAAGAGGAGAGUCUCAAUAAACUGAAAAUAUCCAUCGAGGAGAAAGACCAAAAAAUUAAAGACUUAAGUUCAAGUUUACAUACAUUGCAGAAAGAAAAUGCUGAGCUUAUAAAAUCUUUAGAAGAUAAAAAUAAUGAAUUAGCAGUUGAGGUGUCUUCUGUUGAAGGGUUGACUAGAGAAAGAGAAGAACUUACUAAAAGUUUAGAUGACAAGGAUAAAUUAGUUUUAUCUUUGGAGAGAAAGAUGAAGGAAAAGGAUGAAAAUAUAAGUAGUAUAGAAGAAAAAUAUAAUUUUGUUAAUGAAAAACUUCAGCAGGGUUCCAAAGCUGAAACAAGUGAUUUCUUACAACGAAUAAGUGACUUACAAGAUACUUUGACACAAAAAGAAGAACUGAUAAGCCAGUUAAGCUCUGAAAGUCAUAAUUUUACUGCAGAAAAAGAUAAACUUGAAAGAAUGGUUAAUAAAUUAAAAGAGGAAAAGGAGGCUACUGAUAAAAAAUUGACAGAAAUGAGAGAAAAGUUUAAUAACGGUGCUAUGACUAUUAACAAUCUACAUAUGGAUGCCAAGGAAAUGAAAGAAAAACUUGCUAAGGCUGAUAGUGAUAUAAAUGAUAAAAGUCAGAAAAUUAAACAAAUAAGGGAAGAUUAUGAAGCUUGUACACAAACAUUGUCAGAUUUAAGGAAUGAAAAUAAUUUGUUAAAACAAACUUUCGAUGCAAGUAAGGAUGAUCAAGAAAAAUUAAAAUUAUCUGAAGACAUUGUUAAAUUGAAAUCUGAUUUACAGGAAAAAAGUAACGAAUUGGUAGCAUUAAUAGAAAAAAGUAAUAAACUAGAAAAAAUAGAGUCUGAAUUUUUAGAAUAUAAGGAAGAGGCAGAAAAACAGAUAUCAGAACUGACUGCAAAUGUAUCUGGAAAAGAUGAAGAGAUUAUUAACUUUAGAGAAGAUAUUGCCAUUCUAAAAGUAGAAUUAGAGGAUAAAGUAGAGUUUUUAAUGACAGAAAAUUUAUCUUUGGAAAAUAAGGUUAAGCAUUUAAAUGAAGCGAUUGAUGGAAAAGUUCAGUAUUAUGAAACUUUGAUAAAAGAUUUAAAGAGUGGUGGUGAAGUUAGUGUAUCAAUAACGGAGGAAAUCAAAACUCUUACAAAACUAAAUAAAGAAAAAGAUUCUGUGAUAAAAAAUUUGACUGAUGAAAUUGAUCAUUUAGGGUCUAUAAGUGAAGCUGAAACUUUGACAACAUGUGAUUCUUUUGAUUUUGUUGCUAAAGAACAAACAAUAUCUGAUUUAAGGGAAGAUAUCUCUUCUUUAUCAGCUGAAAAUGAACUCUGUCAGUCAAAAAUACAAGAACAGAUGGUUCUUAUUGAAGAACUUAAACAAAAUGAUGAAAAGUUAAAAUUAGAUAGCCGAAAUUUAUCAUCGAAACUAGAUAAUAGAUCAUCAGAACAUAACGUAGCAACGGAAACUAUUUCUCGGUUACAAAAUGAGAUUGAAUUACUACGAGGUACAAUUCAGGACCAAAAGACAGGUAUAACAGAGUUGAAUGACAAAUGUCAAGAUCAAUUACAUUUAUUGAAGGAAAGAGAAAGUCAGCUGACUAAUGAAGAAGGUAUCUUGGUCCUCCUACGUCAGUCAGUGAUCGAAAAAGAUCAACAGAUUGAAUUCCUCGGUAAACAAAUGAUAAAGGCCACUUUAUUGAUCCCUGAGGAAAGACGGAGACUACUGGAGGAAGAUGAUGUUCCUGAUUAUUCUCUCCUGGCGCUGGAAUAUCCAGAGAAGAAGGCAAUAGAAGACGUGGAGAAAGGGACUUUAGAACAGGGAGAGAAAGAGGAAGUUUGUGAGGAGAUGAUGAGAAAAUCUGCUUCUCAAGAAGAAACUGGAAGAGAUUUUGAAGAAAGUGAAUCAAGAAAUGUUAUCGAAGAAAUGGAAAAGUUACAAAGUUUGAUAAAACAAAAAGAUGAUGUUAUUAACGAUCUGCAGAGUAAUAAUGCUUCUUUAUUAAAGAUGUUCGAGUCUAAAUCUGUCUCAACAAACGAUAAGGCUGUUGUGGAUAUUCAUAGGUUGGAAAAUGAAAUACGGAGUUUAAAGUUGGAACGGGAACAAAUAAUGGCGGUGAUGAACGAGAAAUCUAGAGAAGCAAGCACUUUAAAAUCUGAGGUUCAUAGGUUAAUGAAUGUUGUUGCAGCUGAGAAAAGUGCAAUAGACAAGCUUCAGAAAGACAUGAUACAGGGUCCAGAUGUGAAUGAGGAUAAAGAUGAUAUGCAUAAACAAGCUCUUCAGAAUUUGUCUCGUCUGAUACGUGAUAAGGAUCUAGAAGUCGAAUCAUUGAAACAGAAAAAUGAAACAUUGUUAACUGUCUUACAGGAAUCAUCAUCCAGUGGGACAGAACUCAGUACAUUAAUGCAAGAUAAAGAUAACUUAGCUAGGCAGCUCAAAGUUUUACAAGACGAGCGAGAUCAGAUGGUUCUGUUUGUAAAUCAGAAACACGAAGAAAGUUUAAAAUAUCACCAAGAAGUUCAAAGGUUGACCCUAUAUAUAAACACUGAAAUGGAAAAACAUAGUAAGAUACAACAAGAGUAUGCUAACUUGGCUCCUCAGUUCGAGGAUAAGCAGCAAGCAUUGCUGAAGGCUCAGAAUGAACUAAUAAAUUAUAGGCAAAAGUAUACCGAAUUAGAAGUCAAAUAUGGAGAAAUGGUACAAAAAGUCAAUACUUCAGGUACCGUUGAUGUCUCAUCUUAUAACACACAGACUGACGAACUCAAACGUACUCAGGAAAAAUUAAAAGAAUUGAAUGAAAGUUUACGUGAAACUGAACAGAAAGUAACAACACUUCAUCAACAGAAUGUGGAAUACGAGGAGGUGAUAGUUAAACGUGAUGCAGAACUUCAUAGCAUGAGGAAACAGGUCGAUACUCUAACAUUCCAAUUACAAGGAGCUGAGGGAGAGUUGUCAGAUUUGAAACAGGAACACAGUAAGUCAGAGAAGGAAACAUCUGAUAAUAUAUCACACAUGCAGAUGUUGAAGGAAUCCAACAACAGACUGAUGUUAGAGGUUCAAGAAAGGGAGUUUGAGAUCAAAAGUUUACAGGAGAAGAUGCAGACACUGACCUCUGUUGUCCAUGGGCAGAAAGAUGAGGAAGGACAACUCAAUAAGUUAUUACAGGAGAAUGAAUCAGUGAUGGCACAAGUCAAAGAACUACAACAUGAAAGACAUCAGACCAUCAUGGCUCUGAAACAAAGGCAGAUUGAGACACAGGAAUUACAGAGAGAGUGUCAGAAGUUGAAAGAAAAGGAAGUAAAAUAUGCUAAAGAGUUGGAGAGACUUAGAGGGCAUCUUCUUCAGAUGGAAGAAGCUUACACCAAAGAUGCCUUGGAGUCUGAGGAGAGAGAGAAAGAUUUACGUAAUCGUUUGGCUUUAGCCGAGGAGAAAGUCUUAUCUUCUACAUCAGCUGUACAGUCAGCCAGUCAGCUAGCUGUCCAUCAAGUAGAGAGUUUACAACAACAACUACAUACAGUAGCAUCUCAGCGUGAUCAGGCCUAUCUACAACUGUCUUCUCUGCAGGAUCAGUGUCAACAGUAUGCUGUAUCCCUGUCUAACUUACAACUGGUUCUGGAACAAUUUCAGAGAGAAAAAGACACACAGGUUUCUGGUGAAGUUGAAAAAUAUCAACGAGAGAAUGAAAAACUUAAAAAGACAGUCACAGAACUUAGUGCAGAAUUAAAAGUAGUCAAGGAAAAGUUAUCUGAGGCAGAAGAUGGCUUAGAAGCAGCAGCCAGACUUCAUCAACAGUUAGAUAAAUGUGAUCAGAUUAUAGCAGCACUCAAAGAAGAAGUACAAAUCCGUGAAGCUACCUUAAAGAAUGCAGAAGUUGAAAUUAGUGAUCUCAGGAACAGUAAAGAUUCCAAGGUCGACAAGUUGGUGAUUAAGAGCAUGUUUCUUGGAUAUUUUACUGCCCCUAAAAAUAAACAGGAUGAUGUCCUUCAUACUAUUGGUAGUGUACUCAAUUUUACACCGCAGGAAUUUGAAAAGAUAACUGGCAACAGCAGUAAAGGAGGAUGGAUGUCUGGAUUCCUGAGAUUUGGGGGGACACCAGUAGCAACACCCCCAACCACACCCACAAGACGGCAUACAGUCACAGCAGCAGAUACACCAGAUAGGUCCUUUUCUGAAUUAUUUGUUAAAUUCUUGGAGACAGAAUCAUCACCCAAACAAACAAUGAAACUUCCUGCCGAGGAGAUGGCCCUGGAUGUACAGAGACAUCACAAACCCGUGUUUAAUCCAUUCACGGCACCAAGACAUGUGAACCAUGAAGGGAGACAACCUCAUGAUGAACGACAUUUACUGAUGCCUUCAUCUCCUUUAUCAUCUACACUGCCUGUGUUCUCUCCUGCUAUGGACACUACACGUCCAACUAAACCAAAAACUUCUAGUGCUAUAUUGAACGAUGUUUUAAAAUCUAGCUGAUAGUAGUUCAUAUUUUAUUGCAAUUUUUAAUUACCGGUAUAAUGACACACAUGUUUUAUAGAUAGUUGGUGGGUUGCAUGACUCAAUUUAAUCAUUACUAUUUCAUCUUGGUAAGAAAAAAAAUGCUUUUUGUCAUGUGAUCAUGUUAUCUUAUCAGGUGACCAUGACAUCUUGCCAGAUGACCAUGCAAUAUUGUCAGGUGAUCAUGCCAUCUUAUCAGAUGAUCAUUCCAGGUGACAAUGACGUCAUAGGGUUGACAUUGUCAUCUUGUGGUGUAGAUGAUCAUGCUAUAUUUUUGCCAUUAAUCAUGGUUAUCAGGUAUUGGACUUGGUGAUGUGUAAAUUCAUAAUUUAAAUUAUUUGUCAUUGAUUUUGUUGUUCUUGAUAUUUGUUAGAGAAUGGAUAUUUUCCAAGGUUUAAAUAUAAACCCAGUCAUAUCAUGAAUGAGAUAUUUAUAUAAAUUAAUACUAUCAGUCUGAAAUAGAUUCUAUAUUCUACUGAAAAAUUAACCCUACAAUUGUCAAUUUCAUCACAGACCACCAAUGAAAUUAAGGCAUUAUAGAAAGACUGUCCGGUGAUGACUGCUAUCCAUUUGUUUGUUCACCCUCUGUUUUACUAGGAUAUUGACAUUUGAUGGGAGGGUGCUUGUAAUUGGAGGUCUUCAAAAUUUUACAAUAUGUCUGAUUACAAAAUGUUCAAUCCAUACAGUGCUGUAUUUUAUUUCCUAGAUAGAAUUUGGCAUUGAUUUGUUUAGAUUGAAAGUAGUGGAUACAUUUUGUACCAAAGUCUGUGAUAGAAUUAUUCUUUGGGAUGUUAAAAACGUAAACACAAUGGAUCUGAAAAUAUUAUGAAGGUUGUUAAAAUGUGAAUUAAAAAUAUUUAAUUUGUUAUAUGGAAUUUUCAUAUUUUACAAACAUGAAAGUAAUAUUUUGUUUUUAGUGUUAAGAUAUUUAUUUUGUGUUACUAUUUAUUUUCGUUAAAACAAACGAGGGGUUUAUAAGUACAAAUAUAUUGUAUACAUUUUUCUAUCUUAAAAUCACCAUGUUGAAAGUUUUUAAAGAAUUCUGUCUAUUAUUGAUACAUUUAAGUUACUUUUAUCAAAAUCUGUGAAAGAAAUCAGUUUCAUUUCAAUCAUGACAAAGUAAAUAUGUUUUGGCCUUUGAUUGAUAUGUGUUAUGCAUAUUUUUCAAACACUGUGUUAUAAUAUAUGUAUAUUAGUAGUAAACAUUAUCACUAUAAAUUAAUAAAAUAUUUUCAUAGAU